ACCGUAGUGGGUGUACCCGGAAGUGGCCGUUAUAUUAAAAGGCUCUAGGCGGCAGCUCCAGGUUCAGGCCGUCAUGAAGCCCCCUCUUCGGCGGCGCGCGGCUCCUGCGCGGUACCGGGGGCUGGCUCCAGCCGCGGUCCGCACGGGAUCGCUCUGGACCCCACGGGAGAAACAGCAACUCCUUCGUUUACUGCAGGCACUAGACGGAGAGACAGAACCAGCUGCUGCGGAGCUGAGGCAGGGGCUACCCCACAGGAGCGAGGCUGAGAUCCAGGAUUUUCUUCAGUCCUUGAAGCGUCGUGUGGCUCGGGAGGUCAUUCAGCAGGAGCAUCGAUGCUGUCAGAAAGAGCAGAGGCUUCAUAAGACCCAAGUUCCAGCCCCCAUUGAGGUUUGGACAGAUUUGGCUGAAAAGGUGACCAGCCAGUUGGAAGAAGCAAUGACCACUGCCUUUUCCCAGAUCCUGACUAUUGCUGCAACAGAACCUGUAAGUCUGCUCCACUCCAUUCCAGAGAAGCCAACCCAAGCCAGUGAGAGACAGCUUCUCUGCAAAGACUCUAAUCCCCAGGAAGAACUCCCACCUGAAGCCCCAAAGCCCACACAAGAGGCCAGCUGUGGAGUCCCUGGGACCUGCGACACAGAAGUCAAGACUAGCCACUCCGAAUGUAGCUCAGCCACAAACAGAAACUUUGUCAUUGACUUUGAGAAGAUAUAUAAAUAUCUGUCAAGUAUAUCCCGAAGUGGCAAAGGCCUUGAGCUUUCACCUGGAGAGUCUGCUGUACUCCUUGAUCUGCUCAUGUCCCUGCCUGAGGAACUGAGCCACCUGCCCUGUGAAAAGCUGCAGACCCACAUGGCUAGUUCCUACAGAAAACUGGUGCGCCCUCAAGCAGGCUCAAGUCCAGGCCACAGUGACCCCGGACAAGCCCCCACAGUAGAAGAUGAUGAAGAUGGCACCUCAACCAGUAAUGGCCCAGGAAGGAUGGGGAGCCCCUCUCCAGAGAGUCCUGCUUCUUCUGGUCUAAAUUGCCCCAGAGAUACUCUGCCCUCCGGACAGCAACAGUUGUGGCAAGAAUUGGAGUUCUGUCCUCUGAAUCCAUUCCUGAUUCCCUUGGAGCUUCUGUCUCGGGCAGCACCUCCCGAGGGCCUACACUGAAUAUCUGGCCUUAAGGAAGGGGUGUGGGUGUGAGUGUGAAGGUGAGAGGAGGAGAGAAGAAAUGCUUGUUAUUUCUGAACUUGCUUUUAUUUGAGAUUUCUAGGCAGUUCUGUGACUGGGUUUAUUUGAGCCCCCACUCUAUCUGAUCUGAACAAAUAUCCCAGAAUUUGUGCUGAGUAGCAAGGUAAAGAGAUUUCAGAGUUCAGAAGGCUGGGAAUCCCAUCUCUUCUGUUGAACCCAAUUCCUUCCCUGGAUUUGAAGAGGUGGGCACGUGUUUGAAAGAGAUUUCAGAGAGAUGGGGCUUGGGAGUUCUGGGGAACACACUUUUUAGCGCUUUCAGUACAAUUUAAGUGUGAUUUGAAACAAAAAUGAUUCAUUUGCUUUUCAGCAGUAUUUGUUGAAUCUAUUAUAUGCACACAUCUUCCUCUCUUCCUUUUCUCCACUCUGCUGGUGUGCAUGGCACAGCCCUUUGUCAGAAUACCGCAAUCUUUGCCACCCUCAAUACUGUGAUUCCUUUGAGUUGUGUAUCAUUGUGAAGGUUGGAUUUCUGCCUCAGUCUUCUGGUUUGGUUGCUGAUGGGUGCAGUUAAGUUUAUUAAUCUCAAAAAUAUGUAACUUAAAUUCAGAAGGAAUAUAAGGCAGGACUCUGGAUACUGGUUUUUAUUUUCAAAAUGUAAUUUAAAACAAUAAAGUUAGAAAUUCCUCAACAUCAUUACAAA